AUGACGUCAUAUAUGGGCAGUUUAGCACAGUUUAACGUCGAUGUCGACAGCUGGAAAAUAUAUCAGGAACAGUUGGAACAAUUUUUGGAAGUGAAUAAAAUUAAGGCUGAUUUAAAAAAAUCGGCAUUCAUAAGCUGUAUUGGUCAAGAUGCGUACAAGUUACUACGGGAUUUGUGUACACCAGAUCUACCAAAAAAUAAAAGUUUUGAAGAAUUGUGCACGUUGAUGGAAAAUCAUUUUACUCCGAAAAUAAACGUUUUCCGGGAGCGAAAUAAUUUUUAUAUGGCCAGUCAGCAGGAAGGAGAAUCAGUUGCGGAUUUUACGGCAAGAAUCAGAAAUUUAUCAACCAAUUGCAAUUUUGGUGGUGACAAACUUGAAGGUAUUUUAAUCGACAAAUUUGUUUUCGGAUUAAAAUCGGGAAAAAUUAAAGACAGAAUUUGUGAGGAAAAACCAACCAGUGAAACAACUUUUUCCCAAAUCGUCGAAAUUGCACUAGCAAAAGAAACUUACUUGGUCAACGAGACAGACCAAGUAAAUUGGAUCAAAAACAAAAAAAGUCAACAAGUUCGUAAAAAACAUUACACGUCGUCGACGGAACAUAAACAUGCUGGUCCGAGGUAUGCGGAACACGGUGAUCGAUGGGUAAAAAAUACAAGUGACCAAGGAGCGCAAAAACAUGGGCAAUUUCAAUCGAACGGAGGCAGCAAAAAUUUCAAGGGCAAGGAUCAAGGUGUCGGGGCAUUAGAGAAAAGUCAAUGUAAGGUGUGCGGUAAACGACACACAGGUAUGCAAAAUUGUAGAUAUAAAAAUUACCGUUGUAAUUUGUGUGGUACUAUAGGACAUUUGGCUAGGGUAUGUAACAAAUCGAAAACUACAAAUUUUUUGAAUGUAGAGUCGACAGAAAACGAUAUUCAUGAAAGUGUAAUUUAUAAUAUACAAACGAACGAAUUAAAACCGAUUAUUGUAGACAUACAAAUCAAUAAUAUUAAAUUAAAGGCACAAUUAGAUUCAGGUUCAGGUUUAACAGUAAUUUCGGAAAAAACAUUCCGCGAAUUAUUCGAUACAAACAUAAUUUUAAAAAAGAUUUUUAAAAAUGUUAGCGGCUAUACAGGUGAAAAAAUUAACGUUUUAGGUUUCUUUUUAGCAGACAUGUGUUUCAGAGGUAAGACUUGCGAAUUUUUUAAAAUUUUUGUUGUGGAGAAAGGAGGUCCAAAUUUAGUAGGCAGAGAUUUCAUGGAAAAAUUUAACAUAAAAUUAACCAAUAUUAAUAUGUUAGAUGAUACCGAAAUUAAUUUGAAACAAUUAAAAAAUAAAUAUUCAAAAUUGUUUAAUGAUGACAUGGGUAAAUUUGUGUAUGAAAAAUUUAAGAUUAGGUUGAAGGAUGAUGCUACGCCAAUAUUUUUCAAACCAAGACAGAUUCCGUUUGCGUUUAAGGACAAGGUAGAAGAACAGUUAUGCAGAUUAGAAAAAUUAGGUGUAAUUUCCCAGGUUGAGUCGAGCGAAUGGGGAAGUCCGUUAGUUCCAAUUUUAAAAAGUGAUGGAAAAAUUAGAUUAUGUGCGGAUUACAAAGUCACGGUUAAUAAGUUUGUACAGGACGUUAAAUAUCCGUUACCUAGAAUUGAAGAAAUUUUUCAAAAAGUUAGUAAAGGAAAAAAAUUUAGUAAAAUUGAUCUUAGCGAAGCGUAUAACCAAUUAGAGUUAGACGAAGAGUCUUCGAAAAUUUUAACGUGGAGCACUCAUAAAGGGCUUUUCAAAAUACAUAGGUUGCCAUAUGGUGUCGCGCCGGCAAGCGCAAUAUUUCAAAAAUUAAUAGAGCAACUUUUCCAAGGUCAUGAAGGUGUAGCUAAUUUUUUGGAUGAUAUUAUAAUUACCGGGCAAAACAAUAGGGAGCAUUUAAAAAAUUUAGAUAAAGUAUUUAACAUUUUGUAUGAAUCUGGUUUUAAAGUUAAAUUAUCGAAAUGUGAAUUUUUCAAAAGUGAAAUUGAGUAUUUGGGUCAUAUUAUUUCAGCGGAAGGCUUACGCAAAUGUGAAAAUAAAAUUAGAGCGAUUGUAGACGCGCCAGCACCUUGUAAUAUAACUCAAGUAAAAUCAUUCGCGGGUAUGGUAAAUUAUUAUUCCAAAUUCUUACCGAACGUUUCGAUUAUUAUGAGACCUAUUUAUAAUUUACUAACGAAGAACAAACAUUUUAGUUGGACUCGGGACUGUCAAAUAGCUUUUGAUAAAAUUAAGGAAUUGAUUAUUUCAGAUAAUGUUUUAGUACAUUUUAAUUCGAAUUACCCAAUUAUUUUGUCAACGGACGCAUCUAAUGAGGGUAUCGCGGGUUGUUUAUCGCAUAUAAUGCCGGACGGCAGUGAGCGACCAAUUAGUUUUAUCUCAAGAACAUUAGUGCCGGCGGAAAACAACUAUUCCGUCACUGAUAAAGAGGCUUUAGCAAUUUAUUGGUCGGUCAGGAAAUUAUUUCAAUAUUUACAAAAUCAAAAGUUUACUAUUAGAACUGAUCAUAAGCCAUUAAUUGGGAUUUUAGGAGAAAAUAAAAAUAUACCGACCAUGGCUUCAGCAAGGUUUCAGAGAUGGGCAGUUUUCUUGGCCGGAUUUCAGUAUACACUCGAGUAUAUCAAGGGAAACGAUAAUUGUACUUCGGAUUUACUAUCGAGAUUACCUAUAAAAGGGAAAUAUGUCGUUUCGGUUGAUAGUGAACCGCAGAGCACAUAUAUGGCAUUUAUUGAAUCCGAGUAUUUUCCGAUAAACCAUAAUACGAUUAAAUUACAAUCUAAUAGGGAUAAAGUCAUUAGCAAAGUAUACUAUUAUGUGACUCAUGGGUGGCCGAAAUCGAUUAGUGAUGAUAUCAAGCCAUAUAAGGACAGGCACACCGAUUUAUCUGUUGAGCAAGGCUGUUUAAUGUUAGGAUACAGAGUGGUAAUACCGAGUAAAUCACGUAAACAAAUUUUAGACGAGUUACACAGUACGCAUUUAGGUAUAGUAAAAAUGAAAGCAGUUGCGAGAUCGUAUGUUUGGUGGCCUAAGAUUGACGCACAUAUAGAAAAUUUAGUUAAAUCCUGUAAGUAUUGUAUGCAGUUAAGACAAAAUCCAAAGAAGUCAGAGCUAAUUCCAUGGAGCAGACCGAGCGGUGUAUGGCAGAGAAUACACAUAGAUUUUUUCGGUCCGUACCAUAAUAGUUAUUUUUUGGUAGUUUUAGAUGCGUAUUCGAAGUGGUUGGAGGUAAAAGAGAUGAGAAAUAUAACGACGGACAACACUAUUGUGGAACUGCGGGAGAUAUUUGGUAGAUGGGGGUUACCUGUAACAUUAGUGUCGGAUAACGGCGCUCAAUUAACGUCACAUAUAUUUACAACGUUUUUAAAAAGUAAUGGCAUAGUUCACUUACGCACAGCUCCGGGACACCCAGCUACAAACGGUGCGGCAGAAAAUGCGGUUAAAACAACAAAGCAUGCCUUAUCAGCUGCUUUAGCGGAUAAUAAAAAUAAAAAUGUACCCAAAUCAGUCAUAUUAAACAAAUUUCUAUUAGGUUAUAGAAAUGCGCCACAUUCUACUACAGGAGAGUCUCCGUCAGUUUUGAUGUUGGGUAGGAAAUUACGUUGUAGAUUAGAUUUAUUGUAUAAAUCGGAUGAGGAAGUUGUGCGUGAAAAGCAAGAUAAGUCAAUUAAAAAUUACAAUGGCAGUCAGAAUAAAAUAUUUAAGGAAAGUGACGAGGUGAUGAUUAAAUUUUACAAACAAGGGGGUAAGGAAUCUUGGAUAAAAGCUAUAGUGAAGAAAGUACUAGGUACUAAGAGAUAUGAAUGCGAAUCGAACGAUGGUAAAACAUUUAUUAGACACGUUGAUCAAAUUAUUGAUGCUACAAUAGUUGAAACGGACUCACAAAAAUAUGAUAGCGAAAAUGAGGUAGUUAAUUCCACGGUUAGGAACGAUAAUAAAAUUAAAAAAAGAAUGAUAAACGUACCAAGCAAAUUAAAAGAUUUCAUUUUAAAUUAA